CGCAUAGCUAUACCAAGACAAGUAUACAUGAAAAAUAUUUAAUGUCAUAUUCGCAGUAUAACUACUAUAGUAUCAAACAGAUGUUAUCUAUGAAACAAGUUGUUUAUAUAACUCCCUCGGCCAUUUAAAGGACAUACGCAGCAUUAUGAUGGCCGGCGUGAUGAUUCCUCUAAAAAUAUAAGUCUGGACGUCACUGUUGUAGCUAGUCUAGCUAUCUAGCUAUCUAGCUGUGAAUGGUAAUGUUAUUUGCAUAUUGCUUAGCUCUCAUAAAGCGUUCCGAUGGCUGUACGUUGGUUAUGCAGCCUGUUUGGGAAGCCCUUUGAUGGUGGGAAGAGGAUGGACCAUGGUAGCCAGCAGCACCAGCAGCCGUUCUACCAACACCAUCAGCAGCAGCACCACCACCACCAGCAGCAGCCCCAGCCGCAGCAGCACCCAGCCAUGAUGCGCCUGUACGAGAUCCAGAGGGAGGUGGCCUCCCUGGGACCCCAGGUGUGCACCUACAGCGGGCUGCAGAGCGACCGCGAGUACAAGCGCCUGGAGCGCGAGCUGACCCGCCUGCUCCUGGAGGUGGACCAGGUGGACACGGAGGGCAGGGCGGAGCUGCAGGGGGCGCGCAAGCGGGCCGCCCAGGAGGUGGAGGGCCUCCUGCGCUACCUGGAGGAGAACGCCACGCACCCCUCCCGCCUGGCCAUCGAGGAGCUGAGCCGCGAGGCCCAGCGGCUGGUGGAGGAGGGCGUGGUGGCGCCCCAGCGCGAGGGCGGCGCGGCCGAGAUCGGCGACGAGCUGGUGGACGCCGUCCAGGAGCUGGUGCUGCGGCUCACCCAGGUGAAGACGGGUGGGCGAGUGCCCCUGCGCAAGGCCCGCUACCGCGCCCUGACCCGCGUGUGCGCCGUGCAGGAUGUGAUCGAGGGCCGAACCCGCCAGCAGACCCUGCCCCUGUCGGAGGACACCCACGCGGCCGUGCAGAGCAUCAACCAGGUGAUGGUGCAGGUGAGCGGGGCGCGCAGCCAGCUGGUGGCCCUGCUCAUGGGGCUGAGUGGAAGAGACAGCUGCGCCCACCUGUCCCGCGUGCUCACGGAGCUGCUGGUGGAGCUGGACGCCCUGGACGUGUCUGGGAACGCGGCCAUCAGGAACUACCGCAAGCAGGUGGUGGAGGAGAUCAACGGCCUGCUGAAACACCUGGACCUGGAGGGAGAGGGAGACGACACGCGCAGGUACGACCUCGCUCAGAACGACUCCAUCCGGGAGAUUGAGGCGGUGCGGGGCCACGUCCACCACCUGCUAGGGCAGGUUCUGAGGCAGAGCGGCAUGGGGGAGCUCAGCUUCAGACACAAGGCGGAGCUCCAGAGCAUGCUCACCCACCUGGACCAGGUGGACACGGCCCGCAACCCCUGCAUCCGCGAGGCCCGCCGCCGCGCCGUGCUGGAGGUCCAGGCCGUCAUCAUGUUCCUGGACCUCCGCGAGGCCCUGUUUCGCCGUCAGCCCGGCCCGGCCGAGCCCCACGCUCACAGGGCCGUGUGGCUGGUCCUGGGCAGCCUGUCGGACCUCCAGGCCCAGGUGCUGUGCUUCGACGGCAAGCGGGCUGACAAGAGCUACAUACUGCUAGAGGAGCUUCUGACCAAACAGCUGCUGGCCCUGGACGCCGUGGACCCACAGGGCGACGAGAACACCAAGGUGGCCCGCAAGCAAGCCGUCAAGUUCGCCCAGAACAUCCUCAGCUACCUGGACAUGAAGACGGACGAGUGGGAGUAUUGAUGGAGGGAACACCUGGACUAGGAGCAGGUUCAUCUGGAAGUGGCUGCCAAACACACUGGGCUUGUCUGGGUUGGAGUGGGAUGAGCUCACAGUAUAGAAAUCGGUGCAUUGUUGCUCCGAGGGUUAAGGGUACUGUAAAUAUUGACUAAAUCCCAGAAUGCACUGCAGCAGCGCUUUUCGUCUCUUUGUUGUCAUUGUCGCUGGCCUGCGGGAAAGUCAACAAAGAACCUUUUUGUGAAACCCACUUUGGAGAAUAGUGUACCAUUUUAUGUGCUUUUUUGAAGGUUUACAGAACAUCUUUUUGAAAUGCUGUGUAUGUGUCAGUUGUGACUAGUGUUCUUGUUUUGGUGUGUGGUUGAAAAGCCUGCUGCCAAAGCACUGAAGAUGUAUGUAACAGUGAUUGGAGUCUUUCCGGAAGAAUCUGUUUUAUAAAAGAGGAAUUGGGACAAGGGUAGAUAAUCCUUGAAAUAGCAUUCAUUGUCUAGCUUAAUUACUUUGAGCGUCACCUGUUAAUGAACCCAGCCAAACAAUGUCUCUAAGUACUUGCGUACAGAGACAGUAGGUGUCAACCUCUGGCAUGUUACUGUCUUAUUCUGCUCCUGUGUGAACGUGUCAUUGUCUGUGUGUCUGGUAAUGCUUAGUGGCAAACCUUCCAAAAGCCCUGGCUGUAUGCAGAUGUUGCUGGACUAGCAUAGCAGGUGGGUGUCCUACCAAACAGUAUUGCUGCACUCAUCAGCUACUCCUGAAAACUCCUUUUGACGUCAGCUAGGACUUAAUUUUCAAGUAUAAAAAAACAAAGGUCACACAAAAAUCACUUGGAGGGGAAAAAAGUUUACACAAUGUGUGCUUUGUUAGGAAUGUGUUAAACUGGCUUUAAUGACUAGAGGAUUUCAGUUAUCCUCGUAGAUUCUGUUUUGUGGAAAACUGUGUUGUCGAAGUGUCCCAAUGUCCCCAGUGAAACCGUGUUCAUCAUUAGGCUAGUCCGCUUCAAACACGAGCAGAAUGGGGAUCUGACCCAGUUCCACUUGUCCCUGUAAAGAAUGACCCUUCCUACAUGAGCACAACAACCCAUUUAAGCGAUGCGUUUACCCCUAGUUAUCUGUGUGCGACAGUAUAGCUUAUGUCGGCUGUGUGUGUGACUGUGUGUUUGCUUGGCUAGACCCUGUCAGGGGUGGACAUGAGAGGUGGGAAGAGGAGGCUGUCGCUGGCCUAGCCUUUGAGACUGUGUGUUCCUCAGUUAGAGAGUGAAGAGAGCCCUGCGGGGACGUCCUGCCUGACAGGGCGCCUAGCGACGGUGAUCAGAGUAGACAGGGCGCCUAGCGACGGUGAUCAGAGUAGACGGGGCGUUGUAGUACUGAGGAUCUAGUCGUCGUGAGAUGGAGCCCAAUUCUCUGUGCCUUUAUUUUUAUCCUUCCCUUCAAGCAUUUUGAUCGUCGAGUACCCAUCCCCCCCCCCCCCGAAAAAAGGUGGCGUCCCUUGUUAUAGAUGGAUUUGCACACAGAGACAUGGAAAAGCACUCAAUAGGUGGAUAACAGGAACCCAGGGUUGUGUUGCCACUGUUGGUGAUUUGCACUCACUCAUAGGACACCUUAGCCCUGAGCACUACUGAGCAGAAAGUGUGUCUGGUCACUUCCCACCGCUCUGAAUCUGACUGGGGUUAUUCAACUCAGCUGCUGGAAGGAAACAUAUGGCAGAAAGAUUUAAAUCUUCACAGCCAUGACUGUGACGUAUCCAGUACAUAGUAGUAGUGAUUAAAUUAAACAUGUCCAAUCUCAAAUGUUCAAACAUUGUGAUGCUUAUGCAAUAACUCUGCUACACAGUUCAAACAUUAUUGGUCUUUAAAACCAGGAUUACAUUAACAUUCUCUUCGGACCCCUUUUCGGCUCUAUGUAACAUUCCUAGCCUAUAUAUCCAUUAUUGUACAUUCACUCUUAAGCAUAUAGACUCUGUUGAUAAACCAAGAUGGAAAUCUGGUUAGGUCUUGUCUGUUGCCCUGACAGUGCAGACGUUUUGUUGACAGCACCUGUAUACAGGGGGGUGUCUUGAUAACACCUGUAUACAGGGGGGUGUCUCGACAACACCUGUAUACAGUGGGGUGUCUCGACAACACCUGUAUACAGUGGGGUGUCUCGACAACACCUGUAUACAGGGGGGUGUCUUGACAACACCAGGCUGGGGAUGAACAGUAGCUCAUGUCAGAUGUGCAGGCCUCUGCUAACGCCAGCCAUCGAUACAUGUUCGCAUAACCAAGAUUCCUAAUGCGUGGGUGAACGCUUCCCAUAAGAGGAAUGUAGCAGAUGUCUGUUUGACUAAAACAGUGCAAGGCCUAAUUUAAAGGGUCUUGCUUUUAAAAAAAAUAAAAGAAUAAAUUGCAUUUGGAUCCAAUGCACUUCGACAGUAAUUGUUACAUGACAACCAUCAGUUAAACCCUGAUCAUGCAACAAAUUACCUUUUUAUGCUGUAGGGUUUGAAUGUAAUCCUUGAAGAAUGUUUUCUUAUGUUUUCUUAUAAGUACCAAAGCUGAUUUAUUUUAAACACACUUCUAAGAUUCCUCUAUAUCAGUGUUGGACUGUGUGAUUUUGCCUUUUUAAGUGGCAGGAAUGUUUAUGUUCAUUUGAUGGCGAAGGUACUUGCAUAUCUCCAUCCCAAGGUUUGCUUCAGUCGCCUUUGACUCUGUUGAUUGUGACAGGCUGUGCUGUUUCUCAUGCAAGAUGCGCUUGUACAAAAGCACACCGAGGUUGAAAUUGUGUGAAUGCUUCAAAAAUUGUUUUGUUUUACUUUGUAUUCCCACUCUGAAAUAAAGAGGGUGUGUCUCAACCCUG